CGCAAUCAGUCAAUGGCCGGCCGCUGGAUGUGCGAGGAAACAAUUCGAGACAAAUUUUUAUUGGAAAAAAGUGUGCGACAAAUAAAAUAGUGGCACAGGUGUGGAGCAUUAAGUGCUAGGAGCGGGUUGAUAAAGUAAUUCUAGACAAAUUUGCUGCCGGCAAGCCAUUGAACGCUCAGUGAUUUGAGGCGAGUCAAACAGAGAGGACAUAUAAAAUUAAACCGGCAGACAAUUAGCGCAGUCCUAUCAAAAUGCUCUCUAAAGUCUUCCGUAUGGUAAUCCUAGGCGCACCCGCCUCGGGCAAAGGUACAAUCUCCAAACGCAUUGUGGAAAAAUUCGGUUUCGUGCACAUUUCUCCAGGUGAUAUGCUACGAUUAAAUGUACUACAUGCCACCGAUAUCGGCAAAAAGGCGAAAAAGUACAUGGAUGAGGGCAAAUUGGUACCGGAUGAAAUAGUCAUGAAAUGUGUGCUGAGUCGCAUAACCGAGGUGGGUAACAAAUCAUGGAUGUUGGAUGGAUUUCCACGCACACUCGCACAAGCUGAACGAUUGGCGGCCAGCGAACCGCUGCAUGCGGUAAUAAAUUUGGAUGUGCCAAACGAUGUGAUUAUAGAACGAGUGAAAGGACGUUGGAUACACUUGCCAUCGGGACGUGUGUACAAUGUGGGCUUCAACGAUCCCAAGGUGCCGGGUAAGGAUGAUGUGACGGGCGAGGAUUUGGUGCAGCGUGAUGAUGAUAAGCCAGAAGUGGUCGCACAACGGCUGCAAGUGUACGAAGAGAUGUUACGCCCAGUUAUGGACUACUAUCAGAAACAAGAUUUGAUCACCAAUUUCAAGGGACGCACCACAGCGGAAAUAUGGCCACAGGUAGAGAAAUUUUUGUUGGAAAAAACCAGGGCAGCGAUGGCGAAAAGGCUGUAGAACAGCUGAAGAAAAGUGUAAUUAUGUAUGUAGCUUGAGUGUUUGCACAAAGCCCGUUUACUUACUUAAAAUAA